CGCGCACGGCCGCGUCCCGCGCACGGCUCUGACCGCGCCCGCGCAUCUCUCAUCCCCAGCUGGGCGCCUGUGUCCGCUUCCGUGGUCGCCAUGACGGCGGCCGUGUUCUUCGGCUGCGCCUUCAUUGCCUUCGGGCCUGCGUUCGCCCUCUACAUCUUCACCAUCGCCACCGAGCCGCUGCGCAUCAUCUUUCUCAUCGCCGGAGCUUUCUUCUGGUUAGUGUCUCUGCUGCUUUCCUCCCUUGUUUGGUUCGUGGCGGGGACCACUGUUGGCCACAAAGAUGGACCAGUACAGAAAUACCUGCUCAUCUUCGGGGUGCUGGUCUCAGUCCUUAUCCAAGAAGCCUUCCGGUUAGCAUAUUACAAGCUAUUAAAAAAAGCCAACGAGGGUUUGAAGGCUAUCAACCCAGAGGAGACAGCACCAUCUAUGCGAUUGCUGGCUUAUGUUUCUGGCUUGGGCUUUGGAAUCAUGAGUGGAGUGUUUUCCUUUGUGAAUACCCUGUCCGACUCCCUCGGGCCAGGCACGGUGGGCAUCCAUGGAGAUUCCCCCCAGUUCUUUCUUCAUUCAGCUUUCAUGACGCUAGUUAUCAUUCUGCUGCACAUCUUCUGGGGCAUUGUGUUUUUUGAUGGCUGUGAGAAGAAAAGGUGGCACACCCUUCUUGUCGUCCUCCUGACCCAUCUGCUCGUGUCAGCCCUGACUUUCAUCAGUCCUCAUUACGGGAUAAACCUGGCAUCAGCGUACACGGCCAUGGUGCUCAUGGGCGUCUGGGCGUUCUUCGUUGCUGGAGGCUCCUGCCGAACCCUGAAGCUCUGCCUGCUCUGCCAGGACAAGGACUUCCUUCUUUUCAGCCAGCGCUCCAGAUAAUCUCCGGGGGGCAGCACCUCCCAGGCAGCAGGCUGCGUCUUCACAGGAAGCACAACUGUGCCUUUUUCUAAAAGUCCCAUUUCCUGGUGGAAUUUAGAAAAAAACAUAACCGUCUAGAUAUGAGCCCCCCUCAAGUGGCUUUCAUGCCACAGCUGUCCCCAAGGGAUAGAUCAGUGGUGUGCAUCCCACUGCACAUUAGAACCACCUGGGAGCAUAAAGAGGGCUACACCCUCCAGAUUGACUUGGCAAGGGCAUUUGGUGUUUUUUUAAAAGCUUCCCAAGUGAUUGUGAUGUGCAGUUAAGUUGAGAACCACCAGUGUCGGUGAGUGGAACUACAGAGAAUGCCAUAUGGAAGCCAGAAUCAGGAGUUCAGCUGCCUCCUGAUAGGGGCUGGGCAAGCAAACACCCGAAUGUCGAAUUCUGGUGAGUCUCUAUCUUGUCACGUUCUGAAGUCACAGAAGGCUAAAGGGCUAUCAUCUCUGAUCUGCCAUCAUCUGUCAACUGGCACCCUGUUGUGUGAGAACAUGGUGGGCUGUGCUUCUAAAUGUGCUGUCUGUCCUACAGCAACUUAGCCAGAGUAAGCUACUGAUUAAUAAGCUGUAUGUCUCUGAAGUUUUUGCCAUUCUAGAUUGUUCUUUUUGAGGCAUUACAUUGAGCAUAGGUUCAGUUUCUUUAACUAAGAAACUAUUGCUUUCUGAUUCCCUGGGAAGGCGAUACAGGAUCCAGCUUAUUUUGUGCAAAGUCUUCGCUCCGUUUAAGGUUUUUCAUGUCUCUGCCCAAAGGCCAUUGGCUGCAGUGCUUAACAUUGGCAUGCUCAUUGCUGGGCUAGUGGAGGUGGAGCCCAGCGUUUUACUUCAGUGAUGUGUUGGGAGCUGAGUGAUGUGCUCGGGACAGGCUUCCCUGGAGUUGGUGGGUGCGUAACCCAAAGCUGGAGGAAAGCAAGCCACCAGGGUAGUGUUGAAACUUCUGUUUUGCUCCUGUGAUGCUAUAUUAAACAACACUUUCCCCCAAAAUGGAUCAGUGUAAAAUUGAAAAUAUAUUUUAAAUUGCCAAGUUUAUGCUUUUACAUAAUACAUAUAAUCUUUAGAUCUAGUAAAUUUCUAUGGGUUUUGGUAGCAAAUACAGCAUUCCUGUUACAGGAAGACCCAAGGUGUUCAUUCAGCUUCUAAACAGCCCUCUUGGUUUCCUCUAUAAAGAAGAAAAGCCAGUGAGUUGUACCUGUACCAGCUAGAAAUUGUUCUCAGUGGAUGGCUUUGGGGGAGCUGGUAGUGUGAAAUGAAAAUUACCAUCACAUUAAAGCCAUCCAUCAACGAGUCCCAUGUGCACAGUAGAGCGUCCAGAAGAAAUAGGAGCAGCAACGAGAGGGCUUAGUAGUGAUGACGACAGAUGGGUGAAUUUUGAUUGAUGAGCAAAUUCAGAACAGAAACGUGGCCAGUAUUUUGGGCUGGCCACAUGCCAUUCCAGGGACCAGAACCUUACAUGUGAACUAGACCUUUAUCAAUGAGCAACAUUCCCCCUUCUCCCCAGGGUCUAAAUUAUUAGAAUAUCUCAAUCUAGAGAUUUAGCAGGAGAAGGGCUUCUAGCAGGGUUGUAAACAGUUUCAUAGACAAUUAUAGUUAUUCCCCUGAAGACACUAAAGAGUGGAAUUUACCAUGCAGAGUUAAGGGGAGGGGAAUAAGAUACUCAUUGGACUGGAGUUUAUUCUUAUCAGACCAUGGUGUUCUUUGAUGAGUAGAAUAAAUGUAUAUGUAUACAUAUGUCUGGUUAUUACUACUGACUUACAAAUGGAUAGUUUGAUGAAAUUUUUGUGGGAAAAUUUGGAAAGUAUAGAACAUCUGAGAACAUUAAUAUUACGUAUUUGAGCUCUGAGGGUGGCUUCUGCCCAUUAAUAGCUUAAUAUGAAGUACAGAAGCUGGGCUGUUGGAAAAGCUCAUUUAUAAAAACUUCUUAGGUGAGAAGAAACUUUGCUUUGGCGGCAAGACUUGUCCUAGUUCCAGGGCUCAUUUGCUAACCCAUGAUUGGCCGUGAGCAGACGAGCUCUGUAACUGCAGUCUCUCCUGGAUGGUGAGCAGCAUCCGUCCGCUCAGGACUGCUGUUUCGCACAGCCUUGCUUUGCCUCCUGCCAGGGAAGCCCAGGGAGAGGUGUGGUUGUCCUCCAUUGCUGUCUGUGUCUUAAGAUGCCCUUUUUUUUUUGGCGUUUGUUAUCUAUAAUGAGCUUUCUGAGCCCUGCUAGUGUUUGGUGAGGAGAAGAUGGUGGAGAUGUUGUAUGCUGCCCAGGAUUUUCUCAGUUUGGAGGGAAGUGUGGAUGUACUUGAAGUUGACCUUGGAAUCGUGAGUACCGUUGCAGUGCUUACACGUGUUGCCCUGUGAAUGAUAGAGAUGAAUUUUGCUGCUGUCCAAAAAAAGCUAUGUCUCUUUCUUUUUCUGUAUUCAUUCUUAACUCAUGGAGUGAGUAGUUCUAACUGGAGAAGUUUUGUGACUCUGCCCUGGCCUUCUGACGGGCAGCAGUCUCUUUUAGAGCAUCUUGAUGACAGUAAUGGCAGAAAGGAAUGCAUGAUGGUGCUUGCCAAUGGCAGAGAAUUUAGCUUGUGUUCCCGAGGUGAAUACGUUUAUUCUCAAGCACAUUUUAAUGCUUGCUUGGAGUGUCAGAGUCCCACCUGAAAUGCUACGCGUUCUUUUCCAUGGAGUUGAAGCAGUAUAUGCGGUGGCGACACAAGCUUCCUCCCACCUAGGGCUCCUCCCCCUCCUGUCUGCCUGGCCCCAGGCUGGGGAUGAGCAGUCAGCGUGGGCCCUCAGGGAAGCCCCGCUGGCUGAGCAGCAAGAGUGGCAGCCGGCCUCCCGGGAAGAGUCCCCGCGAGAGGGCCGGUUUCUGUCGGCCAUGUUCCACCUGGGCCCCUCCAUCCCCCGCUCCAGGGCGAUGCCGCAACAGAGCAAUUUUGCAGUGCUUUGCUUAGAGUGUUUUGUUUAUGAUUGCAGUGUUUACAGUUCUCAUUUAGUAAUUAAUUAUAUAAUGCAACAAUUAUUUUAUAAUAAUUUAAAAAGUAAUACUUCAUUCUAUUAAAAUGUAAUGUUUAGAGAGGUGGGCACUAUCUUGGUAAAAUAUGUAACAUUUGUGUGAGUUACACUGUAUGUCACGCGUACUUCAGUGUCAGACUUUGCAUUCUGUACAGAAUGCAACAGAAUCUUUCCAGACGGGUAGUUUUCAGUGAACAAUAAAAAGCUUGACUGGCAGCACCGUUGCCAUGUUUCCUUUUUGGAAUGCGCGUGCUUCAGUGUCUGUUACUCCCACGGUUUUUGUCUCGGAAAACCUGGCUGAACAUUCUGUUUGUUAUGAUUGAUCAGUUCUGAGUCCUUUUUCAAACAGAAAAUCUUUGAUAUCUGACUUAUAACUCGUGAGGUACGUUUCAUUUCUAUUUGUUAAGAGCCAGUUUGUGCAGAAAAGUUCCGUCAGGUGUCUUAAACCAAGUAGAAGAGAUCCUGGUACCUCACUUUGCAAGAUCUCUGAAGUAAUUAGAAAAUAGUGAGUUUGUAAAACAGCAUCUAGUAGUGGCUGAGGCUGGCCAUCUCUUGAGGAGGAGCGUAUGGUUUCCUUUCCACGCAGUGACACUGAGUGGCCUUUUGUACUUCCUCCCCCGUGAGGUGACAGUACAGCAGACGGCCUGAGCUUGGUCUUCGCCAGCAGACAGGAUACGUAGGGAAUCAUUGUAACCUGAAACUCAAAACCCUGUGCUGCUCUGCUGAGAACUAUCUAUAUGGGAUCAAAUUGAUAACAGCAACUCGAAAGAUUGGACGGGAACCUUAGGGGGCAGUGAGUUUAUGUUAAUGGGGGAGGAACAACUCAGAAAAGGAGGGUGAGGAUGG